UAAAAUAUUUGUAUUAUAAUAUUAUUGUGUUAUGUUAUUAUUUAUUUGUAUAUUUUUUUACAUCAGUGAACAGCAUUGCAUAGGAGCAGAUGUGAAAGGCUGAUUUCUGAUGCUUUUGAUAACUUAAAUUCUCUUUGAAGUGUGUAUCUCCUCUCUCUGUUUGUGUGUGUGUGUGUGUUAGGGUUUGUAAGUGUGUGUCUGAGCUUAUGAACUGAGUAUGAAAAGAUACAUAUAAUGUCAUUAAAACGUGUGAUCUUAUAAAUAAAUCCUCUAAAAAGUACCCAUGUUUCAGAAAAUAACCAUGUGUGUUGGUUUCUAAUUGCAUUUCUAUUUUGCAGAAACUAGUUUUGGUUCCAAACGCAUUAAAAAUGAUGCUACUUACCAUAAUUUUGAUGUUGUCAGUGGCAAAUGGUGAUCCAUACCCUUCAGGCCAUUUUCAAUAUUAUUUAGAAGAUGAAACUCCUGAAGAAUCACUCCAGGUUCUCAGGGGAACUGAUACUCGUCCCACGUCUGGAUCUCCGUCUCCCAAGCUCUCAGUGCACUUCUCCAUGAGUGCAGAUCCUCAGCGAAACACACGGUGGUGGGCUCCUGUAAGACCUUACACAAAAAGGAAGCAGAAUGUUGCAUACUACAAUCUUAAUUCCUUCGGCCUCCGCUAUGGAAAGAGAGAGCAGAACAUGCUUGCUGAGUUUAAACAGAAGCUACCUAUAAAGUGAGGACCACUGGGCCAUGCUAAAUCUUGUGUAUUGUUUUUUGAGGUUUUAUAUUAAUUAGAAAUGAUCUGUAGAUUGAUUUGUAGACAUAACGUGCAAUAGUUCACAGACUUUAGUAACUGUGAGGACACGUUUUGCUAGUAAUAAAUACAAAUGUUUUGUCAAACAAUCUGAAUAA